AUGUCCACUUCUCGGUUUACUAUAGAAUCCCUCUUAUUUGGAGGAGAAAUUAUUUUAAUACUUAUAUUUGACCUUUUUCUCCAUAGGUAUUCCACUAACAGCCCAAACUACCACAUUUUUAGUACCAGAAGUACUAUUAAGUUAGAGUAUGAAGGAACAUCAUUUUCUGAGUGGAGUGUGCCAGGAACUUGUUCUGUGAAAAAUAAAAGUUCACCCAAGACAGAACUACGUUGUUUUUCUCCUGGUUUUCAGACUAUAAGACCAAUUGUUACGGGCCCAGAUUCAGAAGAAGAACGUAAUUUGUUUGUGGAUAGUUCCCAUAUUUGUUUCCUGUGGUAUUAUAAAGUUAUAAAUUUAUUUCACAAUUUAACCCAGGUUAUUGUUAUAUGGAUAUAUGAUCCAGAAAAUGCAGACACCAAUGAGUUGCUAUGGAAUGCAAAUGAACCUUCACUAUAUUCCUUAAUACUUAGCAGGCAGUUGGCCACUUUGGGACAGAAGCCUAUCAUAUACACAACUCUGAAGAGAAAAGUUUAUUUUCCACAUGAUAAAAUGAAGAAUGGGACCUGGCGUAUUUUGGUACCAAUGACGUCAGAAGAUGUGCUAAAGGAGAUUAAAGGAAAUCAAGUGGCUUUUCAAGAUUGCUUUAUUGCAGAUUUUCUUUUCCUGCAGACCUUUCCUUUGUUGACAAUACCUGAGAUUCCUGGAUUUUUACCGAUCUCUUCACCAGCUGGUAGUCAGUUAAUGGCAACCUGGAUUGCUUGUGUUCCUUCUUAUAUUGUUGUGGUAGCGGAUAUGGAAACCUUUCAAACAAAUGAUUCAUUCCGUACUUGGACCAGAAUCAGAGUACCUCCAAACAUUUUGACUGAGGAUGAAAGACACAGCAUAUCUGAUGUGAACCUAUCACGGGAUGGAAUAUUUUUCCUAAUAAAUGGUGUUCUUUACAUAAAGAGUUUUACUGAGUUCAAAAGACUGGGAAUAAGUGAAAAUCUCCCCAAUAGUGGAAUUAUUGGCAUUACAUCAAGAAAAUGGUGUUGGAUCAACUAUUUAUUAAAGGCCAAAAGAAGAAGUAGCAUGGCAAUCUGGACAGAAAAUGAAGUUUAUCUUGGAUACACUUUCCUUAAGUUUGUUAAAAUAAUAACUACCAAAAAACUUAAAAACCUUCUAAAUAUAUCACCAGCUGCUACGCUGACUAUACACAAUGUUGAGUAUCCAGGACACCCAUUGGAACUCGCCUUAUUAUUAAAUUACUGCACUACAUGUAGAGUCAACAAAACGAUUUAUGUGGUAAUAUACAAUGAAGAUACAGAACAGUGGGUGUACCAAGACUUUGCCUUAGAUGUCUCUAUUGACAGUUUUUUAACUCCACAUUUCAUAUAUGCAGCAAUGCCAGAAUUAAUACUGCGGGAUAAACAUAGGAUCUACUAUUGUUAUCACAACUUCACUGAGACUGGAGUUAUACAAACACCUACAGAAUUUGGAAAUCUAUCAAGAUUGUCAAAUAACAGCAUUGUUCAUGACAUUUUCAUGGAUUAUUAUGGAAAUGUUGUGGUAAAAAUGGAAAACAACAUAAUGUUUUAUUUCAAGAUCAAUAUCAGAGAUGCAAUAAAACUACAUUUAUGGACAAAUAGCACAAUGAAGUCAUUAAUUUUAUUGAAUUCCUCUGGUCAAAUAUCUCUCAUAUAUGUUUUUGAAAAUGGCACAAUAUAUCCACAGGAAUAUCCUUUAAAACUGGAGUCACUAAGUGUAAACUUCAAUACAAAUGAAAAAUGCCCCUACGUGGCAUUUCAUAAUAAUAUUUUUAGUAUAUUUUACUUUUUGGACAAGGGACAGAACCUGUCCAUUUGGACUCAAAUAGUCUAUCCAGAAAAUAUAGGUCUGUAUAUUGUUGUGGAAUCAUAUGGCCCAAAUAUAUUACAAGAGAAAGAUCAAACUCACUAUGAAAUAGCCCUAGGAUACUGCACAAAAACGAUGACAGUAACAUUUUUUCAGAAUAUAAAUUAUGAGGCAGUAGAUGACUACUUCAAGUUGCAACACCAGAACACAGGGCUUGUGCUUGUGCAGGUUCGGCCUAAUGAAUAUGCAAGAGCAUGUCCAAUAGCCCAAAAGGUGUUCCAAAUAGCCGUUGGCUGUGAUUCUAAUAAAUUCAUUACUGUUAAAGGAUUUAAUAAAAAGGACUGUCUUCAGCAUGAUUUCUUUUACGUUAUUGAAAAGUCAUAUCUGAGGAAUCAAACAUCUAAAAACUUGAGAGUAAAAUAUAAUUGGAAAAAAUAUGGCUGCCCAUUGAGACUUGAUUUUGGAGAAAAGUUUCACCCUUUGCUUCAGCUAUACGACAACAAUGGCUAUGUUGAAGAUGUAGAAGUCAAUUUCAUUGUGUGGGAGAUACAUGGCAGGAAUGACUACAGCUUUAAUAAUACUAUGAAGAAGAGUGGCUGUUUAAAUGAAGCCCAGACGUGGAAGUCAAUGACUGAGCUUAACAAGCACCUCCCACUAGAAGAAGCCUGGGGACCUGAGAACUAUAAGCACUGUUUCUCUUAUGCUAUUGGAAAACCAGGAGACUUAAAUCAACCAUAUGAGAUAAUCAACAAGUCUAACUAUAACCAUUUAGUUUGGCCCGAGGACCAUUCUGGAAUGUAUGUGUUUCGUGUGAAGAUCCUGGAUCCAAACUAUAGUUUUUGUAACCUGACAACUAUAUUUGCAAUAGAGACCUUUGGAAUGAUUCCCAGUCCAAGUGGCUACCUGGUUGCUGCUUUCCUCUUUGUCCUGAUGCUACUGUUCUUCAGUAUUCUAGUUUUGAGCUAUUUCCAUUAUAUGAGGAUUUAUAAACAACAGAUUUAUGAACCAAUUAACAGAUAUGAAAGAAAACAAAAGAAUAAUUAG